AUGCAUCGGGUCGGGGGCGACAGUGGCGGGGAGAGCCCGGGGGAGGCGGACGCCGCGCGGCAGCCGGGAGGCUGCAGCAUGCAGUGUGGCUGCGUGGCCCCGGGGCUGCCCGCCCUGCCCGGCUCCUACUGGGUACCAGGGCUUGCCUUCCCGGAUUGGGCGUACAAGGCCGAGUCCAGUCCUGGCUCGCGGCAGAUCCAGCUCUGGCACUUCAUCCUGGAGCUGCUGCAGAAGGAGGAGUUCCGCCAUGUCAUCGCCUGGCAGCAGGGAGAGUACGGGGAGUUUGUCAUCAAGGACCCCGACGAGGUGGCACGGCUGUGGGGCCGGCGGAAGUGCAAGCCCCAGAUGAACUACGACAAGCUGAGCCGAGCUCUCAGGUGCUGCGGGGUCACAGAGAGCCCCUGGGGACAUGGAGAGCCCUGGGGGACGUGGCGCUGCAGGAACACCCGGCCCUGACCCCCCCAUGCAGCACAGCCCACCUGCAUGGGGACAAGGGGACAGUGGGGAUGUGGCAUGGGGAACUCUUGGCUCUCCUGGUUCCCAGCUUGCGAUGGGGGGACUUUAUGCAAAGCUUUCGCAGGUCCUUCUGUCCAUCCGUCCAUAUAUCCAUCUGUCCGUCCAUCCAUCCAUGCAUCCAUCCAUCCCUCCUGCACUCCAUCCAUCCAUCCAUCCAUCCAUGCAUCCAUCCCUCCAUCCGUCCGUCCAUCCCUCCACCCAUCCAUGCUGCUAACACCC